AAAAGCUCCACUUCCAGCUGCGCGAAAUGAAAGGACACUCCCUAGUCUAGAGCCUGUCGGAAAAUUUCCUCUAUUUCCUCCCAGUUCGCCGACGAGCCACUCAAAGGAAAACCGUCCGCCGCUACAGCUGCACCCGAAUGAUCUCUUAAGAGGAAGCCAUCCGUUGACCUGCCAUUCUGCCUGAAGACCGCCCAACUCAGCUUCAUCUUUCCCGUUGAAGAUAAUUACACUCGGGCGUGUGAGAUGACGUGUAAAGGGGCAUGUACACGAAACAAAAUUCUAAAGAUAAUACGGAGUACUCGGUAAAACAUAGCAGCUGCCAGCCUGCCACCCGAGAGAAGUAGACAGGAUUUGUUGCGUGAUAAGAAAAUAUGCUCAUUGCAAAUAUCCACCCCAUCUCCUACAGAAAUACCAUUUCAUCUUAUCCCUUUGUUCAUGAAGGGAAGAUCAGCUCAAGAAAACAUGGAAUUCUUGCACUUGCAGGAAAGAGACAAUCACCACCACCUCAAGAAAACCCCAUUUUGCCUCUGAAACUGUCCAAAACUACUCUUGCUCAGUCUGCCCUCGGAGUUUUUGCAUUGGGAUUUAUAGAUGCUGGGUACAGUGGAGAUUGGUCACGGAUUGGGGUCAUCCCUAAGGAGAGCGAAGAUGUGCUGAAAACUGCAGCAUUUUUUGUGGUUCCUUUGUGCCUAUUUAUCAUUUUUUCUUUUUCCAAGAAAUCAGAGGAUUGAAAUUUCAAGAGUAGUAUCUCUUCUCACCCUCCCAAAUUCCCAGAAUUCAUUGACCUAUCCUGUUGGUAUUUUUUGAAUCUGAUCACAUAGUGUUCAUAUUGAAGUAGAGGUAAUCCCUUGGAAUUGGAAUGUUCACACAUGGGAGUAAUACUUUUUGGGUCAUUCUCGUACACAAAAUUUGUACACAAAUUAUAAAUUGCCUGUGUACACAAGGAAUUGGCAGAAAAUUAUUGAUUUAUUUUAAAAAACUUGCAUAUGUAUACAGACGACUAGUGG